AUGCCUGAACAAAUUACUCACUACGGGAGCAAGAUCAGCGUAUUUGCGCAAAGGACAGCUAUAGCUCUUCACGAAGCUAAUGCCGAAUAUACGGAUUGCGAUGUCGACUUUGAGAACAAGCCUGACUGGUUCUUCCACGCGAGCCCGAUUACCACGCUCGUCCCAGUCAUCGCUUAUGGAGGACCAGCUGUCCCGCCUGAACAGCCGUCCACAGAGUCGACCAAGAUUAGCGAGUCUGCUGUUAUACUCGAGUUUAUUGCCGAGCUCUUCCCGUCCGCCGCCGGGCUGCUUCCCAAAGACCCCGUGAAGCGCGCCACAGCGCGCCUUUUUGUCAAAUUGCUCGAUACCAAGCUUUGGCCUCCCCUCUUCGCUUGGAUGCAAGACGGCGCGCCGCCUCACGAGAUAUUCGAGGUACUGAAGACGCUUCAGAUGAUCCUUCCCAAGAAUGUACAGGGUCAGUAUGCGCUCGGAGACGAGUUCACGAUUGCGGAUGCGGCGUUUGCCCCGAUGUGGGCUCGCAUCCGGCUCAUCAUAGACAAGGGUAUCGGCGAGAAGGAGUAUGGUAGGGAACAGCAUAUUGCCGCUGCGAGCCGUGCUCUGGAAAGUCCGGAGCUGGCAAGGUUCACCGCCUACGCGGACCGUCUUCUGGGGCGCCCGAGUGUCAAGGCGACUUGGUAUGAGGACCUUAACGUAGUAUACUGGAGCAAGAAGGUCGCGGCUCACGUCCGUGAGUAA